CGUUAGUUUACAGCGAAAUGAAUAAGAAUGGAGCGCUAUGCGAGACGCUGCACAAAUGUUGUAUUUAUUGACAAGAAAGGUGUUGACAUGUACAAAUGAGGUUUUACUGUUAUAGAAAAAUGGAAGCGGAACCAGGAUAAAGGUUCCAGUUAUGCCAGAAAUUAUUCAUAAUUGAAAAAUCAUGGAGUUAAAUUUGAUGACAUACGCGCACCUUACUUUCAGUUUAUAUUUGUUAUUUUUAACAAAUGGGAUUAUAGAGGGUGCUAAAUUAGGAGAAAAUGAUAUUUUGAUUGUUAAUCGACCUGUUAAAGUUUUACUUGGGAGAUCAGUUACGGUUGAUCCAUUAAAUAACUUGAGAAUAAAUGUGCGUCCAGGGGACAGUUGUGAUGUGACAGUUCUGGACAGGAAUUGGGAUUUAACAUUCAAACCAGGAAAACUCAGUGCUUCCAAUUUUCCAUGUAAUUUUGGACCAUCAGAAUUAGUGUACGUUCAUUUUGGCAAUCGGAGAUUGUCAACUGAUAUUGUUCGACUAUUGCUGAGAUAUGAUUCAGCCACUCAAACCAUAAUCAUUCCAUUUAGCUUAGUGAUAAAUAUUGAGUUUAAACCAUUGGAGAUUAUUUCCCACACAAAUGCAAUAAUUGUCAAUCAUCAUGCUGGAUUAAGCACACCAAUAGACUCUAGAACACUGAAAUUUUCAUCAUACAAUAAAGAUAAAAUGGUGUGUAAAAUUAGCAUAGUUAGUCGCUCUAGUGGACUACCUCAGUAUGGAUAUCUAACAAACAACAGUUUUACUUUAACAAAUAUUGACUGUGAGGAUUUUUUAAAACUGGGAGUAAGAUAUAAACACCAUGCACAUGUCAGUGCACCAAACAUAGAUUUCAUUCCAAUGACAGUCCAGAUUCUGAGUCCAAAUGGGGAUUUAUUAAAACAGGAGUAUUUUCAAGUAAAAGUGGAGAUUUUAUCGGGGCAAGAAAAUACAAGACCAGAGCCAAGUAGAAAUGCUAAAUUUAUUAUGAACUCUAUUAACCAGUUUGUCAUGACCGCAAUAACUCCUGAUAUUAUUUCUGCUUUUGAUGCUCAGACACCGUCAGAUAAACUUUUAUUCAAUAUUACGCAACCACUUGGUCCAGGGGAAGGGGUAAUAGUCAAUACAGACAAUCGUGAUAUUCCAAUCUCUUCUUUUUUUCAACAUGAAGUCAAUGAUCUCAAAAUUGCCUAUCGACCUCCCAGCUCAGACUCCAAUAUCAAGAGAAUUUUUCAACUUGAGAUUGCAAUAGCUGAUACAGAUGGUCUUGCAUCAGACCCAAUUCCACUGAUGAUAGUCGUAGCACCAAUGCACACAUAUGCCCCAGUUGUAACAACAAACACUGGGAUUCAGCUGACAGAAGGGGAAUCUCGUGCAAUAGAAAGUCCAGAUAUACUAGAAAUUUCAGACGAAGAUAAUUUAGACAAUGUAGAAAUAAGUCAUAUAGACGGCAUGAAACACGGUCAUCUUGUACUCCCUCCAGGAAAAAAAUUGUUUACUCCAUCUGAUCUGAGACAGGGUAGUGUUGUUUACCAUCAUGACGAUAGUGAAAGCUUAAGUGAUAAUAUUAUUUUCAAAAUGUCAGAUGGAAACAGUGAAGUAGAAUUUUUGUUUCCUAUCACAAUUUACCCAAAAGAUGACCAAGCGCCAACACUGAAUGUGAAUACAGGAUUAGAGUUGAGUAAAAAUGAUAUAAUCGAAAUAAGUCAAUUUACUUUAAGUGCUACUGAUACUGAUACAGCGGAUGAAUCAAUUAUUUAUGAUCUUAGACCUCCUUAUUCCACAUUAGGAAUAAUAAAUAAAAGGCAAUUUCAAAUGCCUAGUGAAGUUGAAAACUGGCUGUUUAAGAACGGAAUUUAUGAAAAAGUUGUUACUUCUUUUACUCAAAAGGAUAUUGUUGAAGGUAAAAUAUUUUACAAACAUGUUGGUGGUCAUAUUUCAGAUGUAGUUACAGAUAAAAUAAGAUUUAUUCUCUCUGAUACUGGAAGCCCUCCAAACAUGUCCCCAGAAUAUGAAUUGAUAGUGAAAAUCCACCCUGUUGAUGACAUUCCACCAUAUUUAUAUCCAAACACGCAGUUACAAUUAGAAGUAGAAGAAUCUGAGCUCGUUCAUUUCCGUAGGAAGACAUUAAGGUAUUCUGAUGAUGACACAAAUGACAGAGAAAUCAAAUAUACAAUUACGCGCCAGCCCUACGAUACUUAUACAGGAGGUGCUGAGGAUGCUGGGAAGGUUGUUUACUGUGAGGAUCCUUACCGCCCAAUAACACAAUUCAUUCAGUCAGAAGUAAACCACCACAAAAUCUGCUUUCAGCCUCCGUCAGUAGAGCUAGGUCUUACAACCAGAAUUAUUCGGUUUGAUUUUAGAGUUGAAGAUGCAUUAGGAAACAUUCUCCCCAAUCAACAGUGCAAUAUCAUAGUAAAACCUAUCAAUAAUCAGCCCCCAAUAAUAAAAAAUACUGGAGCAAUCAUAUUCGAAAAUGAUGAAAUUCUUAUAACUUCUGAUAUGCUGGACAUUGAUGAUAGUGACACAGACUUGUCUGAUAUUGUCAUAAUUGUAAGAGCUAUUCCGAGUCAUGGUAAUCUGUACAAAGAAGGGAGGCUACUCUCUGUCGGAGAUAUGUUUAAGAGAAGUGACAUAGUGCAAAGACAUCUAAUAUAUAGAAAUCUUGGUGAAAGCAUUGAAAUAUCUGUAGAUAGCUUUAUUUUGGAAGUGACAGAUGGAGUUCACGUAAUACCAGUCAUUUUCAAAAUUAAAAUUCGUCCAACUGAUGAUGAACCCGCUUACUUUGAAGGCACAGCGGCAUCCGGUACCCUGAAUAUUCAGCUAGACGUAAACGAAAAACAAAGUGUAACAUUGCGAUCGGACCAAUUUAAGAUCAGAGACCCUGAUUCUGAUGUCAUGAAUGUUAUGUAUCUAAUAAAUGAAUACCCCAAAUUUGGCAGCAUUCUUAAGAAUGGGCGUAGAGUAAGCUAUUUUUCUCAAAGAGAUAUUUGGCGAAAACUGGUUACUUAUCAGCACACUGGUGAAGAAAUUGGAAGAAAUGAAACUUUGGAUCAGGUUAAACUAGGAGUACAUGACAAUGACAGAAUAGUUCUUGAAGAUGGGACAAGACUGAAAGAUAUUUAUUUAUAUAUAAGUGUGUUUCCAGUAAAUGAUAUUGCGCCAGUAGUUACAGUAGGUAAAAGUCUGGAUGUUUCAGAAGGUGAUAAGUCACCAAUUUUGCCAAUGAAUAUAGAUGUCCAAGAUACUGAUUCCAAUGAAGAUGAAAUUCUUUGCAUGAUAACUGAGCAAGCGAAAAAUGGGUUUCUAGAAAACAAAGCCCCUCUUCUCGGAUCUGAAACAUCUAGGGAAGGUUUGCCAAUUUCAGCUUUCACUAUUAAAAGUUUACGCCGGGGGGACAUAAUCUAUGUUCAGAGUGUUCAUAAAGGAGUCGAACCAAGAAGCGAUGAAUUUACAUUUCAAUGUUCAGAUGGAAUAAAUCUGUCAAAUCCUGAAAAGCUAAAUAUUGUAAUUCACCCAGUAAAUGAUGAAGAGCCAGAAGUCUAUAUUCGAGAAUUCAUUGGAUCUGAGGGUAUGGAAAUACGAAUAGAUUCCCCUAUAUUAAAUGCUGUAGAUAAGGAUGAACCUCCUGAUAUGUUAAAUUUCAUAAUAACAGAACAUCCCGCGCAUGGCAGAAUUUUCCAGCAAACCAGGAGCGGAGAUAUUCUUGUUAAUAACUUCACUCUCGGAGAUAUUGAACAGUUUUCGACCAUUAUUUAUGAACACGAUGAUUCUGAAACACAGUCGGACCAUUUUGAAUUCUUACUAACAGAUGGAAAGCAUAACAUAUCAAAAUCUGUCCCGAUUAUCAUAUUUCCUGUAGAUGAUGAAACACCGAGACUGAAAAUAAAUAAUGGACUUGAAAUAGAAAAUUUAGGAGAUCGUAAGGUAAUUACAAAUAAUGAUCUUCUUGCUGAAGACAUAGAUUCUUCCAUUGGAAAUAUUACUUACAUUAUUAGAAGAACCCCUCAGCAAGGCUAUCUUAUAAAAAAGUUCAGAGAUUAUGAGAGAAAUCUUACGCUUGGUUCAAAUUUUACACAAACUGACAUUGAUAAUCAAGUGAUAACUUACGUUCAUACUGGACAAGAAGCAAAACGUGACUUGAUAAAAUUCGAUGUAACAGAUGGGCUUAAUCCGCUAAUUGAUCGGUAUUUCUACAUUACUAUACAAGGAAUGGAUAUUAUCUACCCAGAAGUUGUUAAUCGUGGAGUCGAAUUGCCCGAGGGUGGCACGAUUGUCUUGUCGACUGACCUCAUUAGUGGCACUGACAUGAAUUCUCCAGAUGAAAAGCUGAAAUUCACUAUAACAAAAGCACCAAAGCAUGGUUUUGUUGAAUAUGUUAUUCGUCCUGGAAUACCUAUCCUUACAUUUAGUCAGCUGGACCUGGCAGCUAGUCGUGUACGCUAUAUUCAUAAUGCAGAGGAUGAAAUGAAAAUGGACAGUUUUGAGUUUGAAGUAACUGAUGGGUUUAACCCUGUGUUCCGUACAUUUAGAAUUGCUCUAACUGACGUAGAUAAUAAGAGACCCGUGUUAAUGUUUACGGUAUUGAGAUUAAAAGAAGGAACAAGCAAAAUUAUUACGCCAUUUGAACUGAAAGCUGUUGACAUGGACACGCCAGAUGAAAAAAUAAUGUUUACUAUCACACAAGUACCAUUGCAUGGAAAUCUACUAUAUAAUUUCUCUAGAAUUGUGUCCAGGUUCUCGCUGACAGAUUUAAACCAGAACUUGAUAUGCUACCAGCACGAUGGAACUGAGACUCUGUCAGACAGUUUUACUUUUACUGUCACUGACGGUACACAUUUACAAUUUUUCAUUCCUGGCUCUAAUAUACCAACACGACGGCCUCAGGAAAUGGACAUUGAAAUCAUCCCGGUAGAUAACGGGCUGCCCCAGAUGUCGGUAAAUACGGGGUCAACUUACCUGACUCCAUUAGAUGUGGGUCUUGGAUUCCAGUUCACAAGUCGAUGCUUGCAGAGCAAAGAUCACGAUAGCCCUGUUGACAGUCUGCGAUACAUUGUGACAGUUCCGCCAAAACAUGGUUACAUACGUAACAUACGCAGAGGAAAUGGAGGCGUGGCUUCUUGGACACAAGGUGACAUAGAUAGACAAGAGAUACAGUAUGUGCUGAAUGCAGGUGAAAAUGCCAGUUCUGAUAGUUUCUUCUUCAAAGUCACAGAUAAAGGUGGGAAUUCCCUAGAGAAUCAACCCUUUCACCUGAACUGGGGUUGGAUUUCGUUCAAGCACAGUAGACUGACCGUCAAUGAGACGCAGGAAGUGCUGCAGGUGACACUGCGACGACGGGGAUUCCUUGCGGAAACUUCAUUUGUCACAAUCAAUGUUACUGAGAGGACGGCCAGUAUUGGUAAAGAUGUUUCCAGACAGUUUGCAGAACAAGUACAGUUCAAUCCAGGUCAGACAGAGAAAAUAUGGAGACUUCCACUACGAGAUGAUGACAUAUAUGAGAUGGAAGAGACCCUGAUUCUCCAGGUGACAGACCCAGUUUCUGCUGUCCUUGAGUAUCCUGAUGUUGCGGUGGUAACGAUUGUUGAUCCUGAAGAUGAAUCAACUGUAUUCUUUCCGGAAAUAUUGUACAGUGUAGAUGAGAAGGUCUCUAAAUUGGAGAUUCCAGUCUACAGAACAGGAGAUUUGUCAGAUGAACUCAUGGUCAUAUGCUAUACUGCUGAAGGCACAGGAAGAGGAACUCCACCAAACAAAGUGCAGUCCUAUUCUGACUACAUUUCUAGACCCCAGGACCACAAUAGUAUGAUCAGGUUUGAUAAAGGGGAAGACAAAAAGAUGUGUACAGUCACUAUCAUUGAUGAUACUCUGUUUGAAGAGGAAGAGAGAUUCUCAUUGGUUCUUGGUCAGCCAAUGGGAGGAAGGAUUGGAAAGGACAGAGAGACAGUGAUUUUGAUUGGACAGGAUCCUGCUGAUGAGCCAAAAUUUUACUUUGAUCGGGAACUUUAUCAUGUGGAUGAGAAUGUUGGUAUGUUAGAGGUGAAAGUAUGGAAGACUGGUACAGACCUCAGUAGGCCAUCAAGUGUUACCGUCAGAUCUAGAAGAACAGAGCCAAUGUCUGCUGAAGCUGGAGUAGAUUACAUCCCUGUGGUACGGAUAUUAGACUUUGCCCCAGGUGAGAUGACUAAGACUUUGAGUGUGACCAUCCUUGAUGAUCUUGGUCACCCAGUCCUUGAGGGAACAGAAAAGUUUGAGCUUCAUCUGAGAAUGCCAGUUGGAGGGUCCAUGGGUGAGCCAAGUGUAGCCACUGUCACCAUAAAUGACACCGUGUCAGAUUUACCCAAGAUGGAAUUUGCUGAUGUAGAAUACACAGUGUUGGAGAAUGAAGAUGAGGUUGUUGCCAUGGUAACAAGGUCAGGUGACAUCAGUCAAGAAUCACAUGUUAGAUGUUACACAAGACAGGCUUCUGCUCAAGUUGAUGUGGACUAUCUGGAAAGACCUGACACAAAUGCGUCUUUUGUUUUCUUCAAACCUGGUGAAAGAGAGACAGAAUGCAGGGUGAAAAUUAUCAGUGACAGACAACAUGAGAAGGAGGAGAGUUUCCGCCUUGUUCUAAGCACACCAGAUGGCACUAUGUCAGGGGGAGCAACUCUUGGAGGACAGAUAACUACAAAAAUCGUGAUCAGAGAUCCAGAGGACAUUCCAGUGAUAAAAUUUGACAGGAGUCAGUAUACAGUAAAUGAACCGAUUAUCCCUGGUGACGUCAACAUUUUACGUGUGCCAGUGAUACGUCUAGGUGACCCAUCAGGAAUUUCGGAGGUCAGGGUGUCAACCAAGAGCGGAAGUGCAAGUGCUGGCCGAGAUUUCAAUGCAUAUUCUAGAUUGUUGAGAUUUGACCCUGGUGUCCAGCAGGUGUUUGCAGAAAUUGAGAUAAAUUAUGAUGGGGAGAGCGAGAACAGUGAGAGUUUCUCCAUUCAUCUUUCUCAGGACCGUAACAUGAUUGCAGAAGUACAUCAUAACAGUCGAGCAACAGUAUACAUUGAAGAGAACAGCAAGUUUAUUGAUGUUGUAUUCCCAGUGCCACCAUUGGUUGUCUCCCUACGGGACCUUGAUAGAGUGGACAGAGCUAUGAACAUGAAACCUAUCAAUGGCUACCCUCUAAUUUGUGUCUCUCCAUGUAGCCCAAAGCAUCCCAAAUACCAAGAGGUGAAGCAGAUGUGUUCAGAAAUUGACGACACAUUGACGAAGUUCAGAUGGCGGGUUGGCCCGCCCAAAGAUGCAAGUGGCGUAGCAGGAAAUAUGAGAGAUCUUGAGACCAAUACGGCUUUCACAUCUACUCGAGCUAUCACUCUUGACAGCAUUUAUUUCACUAGAGGGAGCCAGUUAAGAUGCUUUGCAAGAGCUGUAAAUGAGGCAGGGGAACCAGGAAGAGAAGUUGGAAGUCCUGUGGUCACUGUGGAUACUGAAGAAGGAAUGUGUUCUCCCAGAUCACAGGGAGCUGUGGGGGCUGAACCUUUCACCGCAAGGCUUUGGUAUACAGGACCAGAUGACGAGGACCACCCUAAUACUGUCCGUCUGACCGUCCAGGUUCCACACACGGACGGAAUGUUUCCCAUCAUCUCAACCAGAAGACUGUCUAACUUCCAGUACGCACUGAGCAAAGAUGCCUACCGACUGGAACACCAGUGCUCAAACCUUGUUGAUACUGAUGAGAGGUCAACUAAGUAUGGGUUCAUAACAAACGGAACAAGAAAGUCAAAGUAUAGUACUGACGCAGAACCGUAUGAGUUGGAUGAACAGCUAAGACCGAAGUCUACUCUCAGAUUUUACAAGAAUCUAGACCUAGACUCAUGUGUGUGGACAUUUGAAUCAUACUAUGAUAUGUCAGAACUAGUAAACCCAUGUAAAGCAUUGGUACAGGCAGAAGCACAGUUUAAUAACAGUAACACAACCAAAGUGCAGGAUAUCAAACAGUCGUAUGUUUCACUGAAGGUUCCACUUUUUGUGUCAUACGUUUACUUCUCUCCACAACUGUCAUAUAGAUGGCGCCACUUCGACCUAAGUACUGAGCUGAAAUUGAAAUUUGUUUAUAACACUGCUAUAUUGUGGCAAGAAGGGAUCAGCACUCUACAGGAAGAUACUGAUAUUCAAGCUCAUCUAUACCCUACCAGUAUGAGGAUACAGGAUGAUGGGAAAUUGGUUGUUGGCUUCAGAACUGUCGCUAACUUUAGGGGACAAUUUAUCUUGCAUAAAACAGGUACAAACACAUACUCCUCUGUAGAGUUACCACGACAACCAGAUCUUGGACUAACCUUGAACUUGAUACAUAGUGUAUCAACUUAUGACCAACCGGAACAGUUAUGGGAAUUUGUUUCAAAUAAAGCUCUACAAGAUUUCUCAGGAGAUUACCAGGUUCACCUCAUACCUUGUUUUGCAACCUUUACCCAGAAAUACUCUCUACCAAUGCAGUGCACUCCUGGUGACCUUAUGACCUUUGACCUUCCAAUCAGAUUUCAGCAAGUUAGUGACCCUGUGGCAACUAAGUUCAGUCUGAACACAGAGUUUUAUCUGGUACGUAAGAAAGAUCUGUGGUUGUCGGACAGUCUGCAGGGCCUGGCUCUAAGGGAGGAGGAUACAGCAUUUGCUCCAGGGGAUACUAUUUAUGGUAGAGUAAAUGUUAAUCCAGUGCAGUCGCUAGGCAGCCAGUUUGUUCUCAAUAUAGAGAAAGUGUUUCUAUGUUCUGGCAAAGAUGGUUACAUUCCAAGAUACGAUCCUGACAAUGGGGAAUACGGUUGUGUCGGAGAGUCGGAAAAUCUGGAUACUGUAUUCAGAAUUGUGGAUGCUGAAGCACCAUUCACUGUGGACACAAAUUUCAAAGGUGUUCCAUUGAAUGCAAUGAUGGCCAGUGAAGACAAUAGGGCUAUUGAUCUUGUAUCACAACCUGGGGCUGAUGGAUUCUCUUUUGAUUCUAAACCAUUGUUUCAGGUUGCUGUUGGAAAACAGUGGUUCUUACAUACUAUCUAUUCAAUACGAUCUCGACGAAGUAGCAAAGGAAGGCGAGAUAUUCAUGAAGUAAUAGCGCACACUGUGUUAAAAAGAUCUCUGUCUGAUGUAUCAGACAUCGGCAAUGGUGAAAAAGGGACAAACAUGGCACCAUUGAUUCUCAACUUUAACGGGAAAUCCAUUUCUGAUGAAACGCACCAGUCAGAUAAAAUACAGGAAAGUAAUGAAGGGCAAACACCACUGCUUGCUGUGUUAAUUGGUGUUGGAAUUUUACUGCUGAUUGGUUUAUUCAUUCUUGUGAUAUUUAUACGUCAUCGGCGAAAAAGGACGUCGCCGCCACCAACACCAUCAGGAACAAUAACUGUGAUGUCAACUUCACCAGGUCAUACACGUGUCAUAUCAAAUGCUCAUAUAUUUAAGAAAAAUGAUCUUUCAGAAGUGUAAAAUAUGCAGAUUUAUGCAAAAUAGAUGAGGUCUAAUUAUAGACUGAUGAAUAAUUGUGAUAAACUUUUGAUGUUUAUUCUAAUUGAAGAAUCUGUUAGACUACAUGUUAUAGAAUCUCCACAUUUUUAAGAAUGAAAUAUAGUUUUUCUUAAGUUUUCCGUCACAAAAUAAUUUUUACGUUUGUGGUGCUCUGUGCUUCCAAGAAAUCACCCCUACCUAUUAUCUUUUAUAAAGCAGUUUUAGCCAUAAAUUUGCAAAUGGUGUUUUGGUAACAAGGGAGGUAACACAUCACUUUUAUUACUGUGUUGGGUAUAACAUUUUUUGAUAAGAAAGAUUUUUGAAAAGUAUUCCUGUUGUGAAGAAAAAUCUUGCCAAAAGAAACUUGAAGGUUGUUAAAAUUACUACAUAUUUUCUGUCCAUGCUUUUUAAAAAAAGAUCUUAAAUUAAAAUUGGUGUAUACAAUUGAUUCUUUAAUUAGAGUAUAAACAGGGAACUUGUUAUUUGGUGCAAAAUACUCAUCAUUCUUCAUUUCUCAUAUAUUUCAUACAUAUAAUUUAUCAUAAUUUAUGUGUCAUAAUUACAUUUCAUACCAGUUGUUCAUGAUGUCCAUAUUAUAUGUUGUUUGUAGAUGGUAAACCUGCAGUCUGAGAAUUAUCCAUAUAAAAUGUUCAUCACGUCAUGAGAAAACCAACAUAGUGGCUUUGCGACCAGCAUGGAUCAAGACCAGCCUG